CACAACUUUUGCGAUGAUACGUUACGCUGGAGGGGCGCCACAGUGCUAAAGUCGACAAGCGCGGUCCCUGAGCCGAGCACCGCAGUGCCUUCGCUUGGGGAUAUGUUGCGUCACUGUGGACGCUACUGUAGCGUUUCCCCGCCUGCGUCGUUUGUUCAGCCCGAGAGGAGGCGAUUUGUGUUAAAAAUAAGGGGCUCGUCAUUCGUUUUUCUCUUUUCCUUUCUCCAGAUUUCUCGCAAUAUAUUCUUCUUGGCCAUCCGUUGAUUGCUAUUCCUCUCCGCACCAACAGACCCCGAGAGUUCCCAUCUACCCCGCAGUAGCACCACCACCCACCCCGCCCUAUAAUUUCACCCGCCUUUGUUCUCUCCAGCUAGGCAACACACAACGCAGCAGCAGCACAAACACCAACACAAUGCCCGCCCAAAAGACCAACACGCACCUCGCUGACCUGGAGCGCGACGGCUUCAUUGUCGUCAAGUCCAUCGUGUCUCCCGAGAAGCUCGCCAUCCUGCGCGAAGCCAGCAAGAAGGUCGAAGCCCUCGGCCGCGCUGGCGAGUGGCCUCACAUCCGCACCGUCGGCAAGCAGUUCCCCCCCUGGGAAUUCAACCCCGAGAAGGGCAUUUGGGGUGUCCAGCACAUGAUGAACCCCGACAUGCCUGGCCACGACCUCUUCACCGAGCUCUACUUCUCCGAGGCGAUCCUCAGCAUUGUCAAGGACCUGCUCGAGUGCGAGGACGAGCAGCUUGUCAUGGAGCUCUUCAACAUGCUAGUCCGCCCCGAAAGCGAGUUUGACCUGCGCUGGCACCGUGACGACAUCCCCGCCGAGGCUUCUGCCGAGGAGGAGAUGGAGCGUCUCGGUCACCCGGGCUUCCACGCCCAGUACAACUUUGCCCUGUACGAGGACGACUCGCUCAUCCUGGUGCCUGGCUCGCACAAGCGCGCCCGCACGGAUACCGAGCGCAACGCGGAUCCCUUUGAGCCUGUCCUCCCUGAUCAACUAGUCGUCAAGCUUGAGCCGGGCGACAUUGCCUUUUACAACAACAACAUCCUCCACCGCGGCGUCUACGACUGCAAGAAGGAGCGUGUGACGCUGCACGGCUCCGUCGGCCACUCGGGCGGCAGUGCGCUCCGCGCUCGUAAUGUCCUCCAGCACGGCAUUGGCAAGUGGGUUGACAAGGUCGACUUCUCGAAGCUCGAGGAGAAGGACAGACUUAGAGCCGAGGGCAUGCGCGCUAGAUUGAUCAAGCUUGGCUCUGAGGCUGGUGAGGUCGGCUACUCGUUGCAGGGUUAAAAGGUACUGGGAUGGGUGUAUACGGAGCAGACAGAUAGAAACAGCAGCAUGCUGGGAUAGCGUAUAGUUGGGUAAUUUGUAUUAAUGAGAAUGAACUACUAUAUUGAUAAACUUUUUAUGACUUCAGUGCUAGUGCUGCGGCAAGGAUCGAGAUCGGGAGACGGCCCGAUUUUAAACUCUAACCUUGGCGCUGGGAGGCGCUUUUUGAACCUGCCAUCGAGUAUGCAAGGGGGAUCAGUGACGGCAUGCUUUUUGAUGUAUGAUUCUAGAUAUAUGUUUUUGAAAUUAUGUCUUGU